AAGGAAAAGUGUGAUAAAGAGAGGGAAGAAAGCACAUCAAAGCCACUUUACUUUUCUGAUCUCCAUCUAAACUAAACCCUUCACUCUCACUUCAUCACUAACCUAAGUCCAGUGUUCUCUCUUUUCUUCUUUGAUUCUUUCCAUUUUCUUAGCUUGUUCUGUCUUUCUUUCUCAUAUUAUUCUCAUGCAUCCAUUUUAAUCUCCCCAAGGUCCUCUUUUGCCUCAAGAUUCCACCAUUACUCUCAUGUUCAUGGAAAACUCCAUGCCCCACCAUCGUUUUUACCAUCUACUCACACUCCUCUGUUUGAUUUUGCUGUGUGUAACACCCUCCAACUCAAUUGAUAUCCACCCACAAGACAAAGCCUCACUUUUGAAGUUCAGGGCAUGGCUGCAAUACCCCAACCAGAGUUUGCCCAACUGGGUAGGUUCCAACUGCUCUACAUGGAAUGGAAUCACCUGUGACAACAGCACUGGCAGGGUGAUUUCCAUUAACCUGACCAACAUGAACUUGUCAAGCCAAAUCCACCCCAGUUUCUGUAACCUUUCAUAUCUCAACAAGGUGGUUUUGUCCCACAAUAACUUCACAUGCCCUCUACCUGUUUGUUUUGGGAACUUGCUUAACCUUAAAGCCAUUGAUCUCAGCCACAACCAGUUUCAUGGUGGAAUACCAGACUCUUUCAUGAGGCUGAAACACCUUACUGAGCUUGUUUUGAGUGGGAAUCCAGAUUUGGGUGGUCCACUGCCUUCUUGGAUUGGUAAUUUUUCUGCAAAUUUGGAAAGGCUUCAUCUUGGUUUCAGUUCACUCAGUGGGGUUAUACCUGAGAGCUUGCUUUACUUGAAGUCUCUCAAGUAUUUGGACCUUGAAGAUAAUCUCUUGUCUGGUAAUCUGGUUGAUUUUCACCAACCUUUGGUUUUUCUCAAUCUUGCUUCCAAUCAGUUAUCAGGUACUUUGCCUUGCUUUGCAGCUUCAGUUCAGUCCCUAACUGUGUUAAACUUGUCUAACAAUUCUAUUGUGGGGGGAUUACCUGCUUGUGUUGCUUCAUUUCAAGCUUUGACUCAUCUGAACCUAUCAGGGAACCACUUGAAGUAUAGAAUAUAUCCUAGGCUUGUGUUCUCAGAGAAACUUCUUGUUUUGGAUUUGAGUAACAAUGAUUUUUCUGGUCCUAUUCCCAGUAAAAUUGCAGAGACAACAGAGAAACUUGGCCUUGUUCUUCUUGACCUUUCCCACAAUCAAUUCUCUGGUGAAAUUCCUGUGAAAAUUACUGAGUUGAAAAGUUUGCAGGCCUUGUUCCUUUCUCACAAUCUUCUUUCAGGAGAAAUUCCUGCUAGAAUUGGAAACUUGACUUAUCUUCAAGUUAUUGAUCUCUCACACAACUCUUUGUCUGGUACCAUUCCAUUCAGUAUUGUUGGAUGCUUUCAGCUGUAUGCUUUAAUACUUAAUAACAACAAUCUUUCUGGUGUGAUUCAACCUGAGUUUGAUGCAUUGGAUAUCUUGAGGAUACUGGAUAUAAGCAACAACGGGUUUUCUGGUGCUAUUCCACUCACUUUGGCUGGAUGCAAAUCUCUGGAGAUUGUAGAUUUUAGGUCCAAUGAUCUUUCUGGAUCCUUGAAUGAUGCAAUAACCAAGUGGACAAACCUCAGGUAUCUUUCUCUUGCUGAGAACAAGUUCAGUGGCGAUUUGCCUAGUUGGUUGUUCACGUUCGAAUCAAUAGAAACAAUGGAUUUCUCUCACAACAAGUUUUCUGGCUUCAUACCUGAUAUUAAUUUUAAGGGUAGCUUAAUAUUUAACACAAGGAAUGUCACUGUUAAGGAGCCACUGGCUGCACCAAAAGAGUUUCAACUCAGAGUUUCAGCUGUUGUUUCUGAUAGCAAUCAACUUAGUUUCACUUAUGAUCUCUCAUCAAUGGUUGGAAUCGAUCUAUCCAGCAACUUGCUACAUGGGGAGAUUCCAAGGGGCUUGUUUGGCCUAACUUCCCUAGAAUACAUGAAUUUGUCUUACAAUUUUCUAGAUGGACAGCUUCCUGGUUUGCAGAAAAUGCAGAGUUUGAAAGCCUUGGAUUUGUCACAUAAUUCUCUGUCAGGACAUAUCCCAGGAAACAUUUCUACCCUUCAAGGUCUUGCGGUCUUGAAUCUAUCUUACAACUGCUUUUCUGGAUAUGUUCCCCAGAAGCAGGGGUAUGGAAGAUUUCCUGGUGCAUUUGCUGGGAAUCCAGAUUUAUGCUUGGAAUCUUCAAAUGGAAUAUGUGAUGGUGGAAGGACUCCAUCCGCGCGAGGAACAUCUUUUGGGGAAGAUGGGAUGGAUGGACCAAUAUCUGUGGGGAUUUUCUUUAUCAGUGCCUUUGUUAGUUUUGAUUUUGGAGUUGUUGUUCUCUUCUGUUCUGCUCGAGCAAGAAACUACAUUCUCCAUACUAAAGUUUGAUUUGGUGCUUCUUGUUACAAUGACUAACUUUCUCAUGUAAAUUCCAUUGUGAUUUGGUAGCUCUCUUCUUGUUUCAAGUGAACAUACACAUUCUGUGAUUGGGAAUAUGAUCUCACCAUCAACUUCAUUGGUGUUCUCUUCCAACCUAGUCCUCAACUCAUUAUUGCUGAAAAAGUUGUUACAGAAAUUACAGGAUCAAAUGGCAUGAAAUUGAUGUGUCUCAAAUGGUUUAAACAACAUCAUUGACUCUGGCCUUAUUUAUUUUACUAAAGACUAGUUUUGCAUCACUCAUCAAGAAGGGAAAGUGAUGGUGAAAGUUUGAUCUGAGUGAAUACAAGCCUUGCAUCAUUCAGUUGGUUAUCUUUUGCUAGAGCUCGGUUGCUCGAAUUUAGAAUGGUCACCAUAUUCAUUUAGAUACCAUGUUAUUUAUAAGGGAAAGUUGUAGUGACCUCCCCUUUAUUCCCUUUAUUAUUUAAUCAAACACUGAUCAUCAUUUUGUUAAGGACAUUGCACGAUCUCGCUCGGAGUUUAUUGUUAUUGCACUGAUCUCCUAUGAGAUUUAUCAUUAUAACACUAAGCAUCUCUAUUAUUCUAAAUGGUGUAUGAAAGAUAGAAGGUCAAUGCAAUAAUAAUAAGCCUCAAAGGGAGGUUAGUGAAAUUUGCCUUAUGUCUAGUCAUGGUGAAAUUUUGAUGUUGCUCAUCAUUGCAGUCAUGUUUGUGUGAGAACAUUUAUCAAUCAAGAUUAAUCUUCUUUGAGUUAGGGAGCCAAAAUUUCCCUUUAGUAUUGUUUUA